GCAGGUGCCGGCCGGAGCGGAGCUAGCGGCGCUGACGGGACCGGCCGGGCCGGGACCGGGGCCGGGGCUAGUGGAGGGGCCUGCGCGGCCGCCCGGCCCGGCCGCGGGUCAGGAAAUUCUCAGGGGAAACACACAAAGUCUCACUGGCUCCUUCUGGGAUGGGGCUGAAAGCUGCCAAAGACUCCUUUGGCGAGGCGGACCCUAGGAUGGGGGAACAAUACUGCUGAAGCCCCCUGACCUGGAGCAGACUUGAGAUGGCUGCCUAAGUCUUCAGCCAACUGCUACUGCUUCUCCUUGAGGACCCAGGCCUGGCUUGGAGCAGCUAAUCCAGGAGGAGUCCUCCCCAGCCUCAGCCAUUUUCCUGAUGGCCUGAGAUGACAAGGAGGUAUCAGGCUCCUGGGACCAUGGGCCUCAGGCCCUGAGGACACUGGGCUCCUUGUGGCCAUGACGACCGGUGACUGCUGUCACCUCCCUGGCUCCCUGUGUGACUGCUCUGGCAGCCCUGCCUUCUCCAAGGUCGUAGAGGCCACUGGCCUCGGGCCACCCCAGUACGUGGCACAGGUGACUUCAAGGGAUGGCCGGCUCCUCUCAACUGUCAUCCGAGCCUUGGACACGUCAAGCGACGGUCCUUUCUGUCGGAUCUGCCAUGAGGGAGCAAAUGGGGAGAGCUUGCUUUCUCCAUGUGGCUGCACGGGCACACUGGGUGCCGUGCACCAGAGCUGUCUGGAGAGGUGGCUUUCCUCAUCCAACACCAGCUACUGUGAGCUGUGCCACACGGAGUUUGCAGUGGAGAAGCGGCCCCGGCCCCUCACAGAGUGGCUGAAGGACCCGGGGCCUCGGACAGAGAAGCGGACGCUGUGCUGUGACAUGGUAUGCUUCCUGUUCAUCACGCCACUGGCUGCCAUCUCGGGCUGGCUGUGCCUGCGCGGGGCCCAGGACCACCUUCGGCUCCACAGCCGGCUUGAGGCUGUGGGGCUCAUCGCACUCACCAUUGCCCUGUUCACCAUCUACGUCCUCUGGACGCUGGUCUCCUUCCGCUACCACUGCCAGCUGUACUCCGAGUGGAGAAGGACCAACCAGAAAGUACGCCUGAAGAUCCGGGAUGCAGAUGGCUCUGAGGGCACCCAGCACUCCUCCCUGGCAGCUGGACUCCUGAAGAAGGUGGCAGAGGAGACCCCCGUGUGAAGGCCAGCCCAGCAGGGCCAGAGGCACCUGGCGACGCCCUGGUAUUUGGAAGGACAAAACUGCCCGACCCUUCCUGCACGGCCAGAAUGCUUUUUAGGCAAAGAGACACCAAGCGGAGCUGAUUCUGUGAUUCCCAUGUGAAGAUAUUUUCCACUUGUUUUGCACACUGUUGUACACGAGGACAGAUGGACAUGGUCCUGAGCUUUGGACAGAGCAGGCACCCUGAUCUCGUUCUGAGGUCCACCCGGCCCCUGGGGGCCAGCAGCCACGGCCAUAGGUGAACCAGGGCGCCCAUGGGGCUGGGAGGUUCUGCAAGCUUCUUGCGCUUCUCUGCACCUGGCAGGCUCGCUUUCCUGGCACCCUUGACUUUAUAAAGUUGCACUGCGUUUCAAAAACCCACCCCGAAUGAAUAAAAGGAGCCCUUGCUGGACCAAACGGACUUGUUAGUUACAUUUCUGAACCGAGGCCUCAGAGUGAGGCACCUGAGACCUGACGGGAGUCAAGUUAAAAAAAAACAAAACAACAACCACCCAACCCUCAGCUGGUUUUGAGGGACCUGUGGCACAAGACAGGAAGAAGCAAAGCCCGAGUUUUCGAGCAAAGAGCAGGUAGCAGGGCAAUAUAAUAAACGAUUUCAAGUAAACACACGAAAGAAGAACGGUUUCCAUUUACUUUGCACCUGGAGUGGGCCAGCUAUCCUGCUGGGCCCUCCGCCCUC